AUGGCCGACAGCACGCCAGCGGAAGACUCGCCGAGGCACGUUCCUGCUUUGCUCGAGGAGUCCGUCCACUGGCUGGCGCCAGGGCGAGGUGGGCUGCUGGUGGAUUGCACGGUGGGGCUUGGUGGGCACACCGAAGCCUUGCUCGAAGCCGAGCCGGCGGUGCGGGUGCUGGGGAUCGAUCGAGAUCCACGGGCGCUCGAGAUCGCCGCGCGACGCUUGAGUUGUUUCGGUGAUCGUGUGCGCUUCGCCGAGGGGCGCUUCGGGCAGCUGGGGGAGAUCCUCCGGGGGCUCGGCAUUGGGCAGGUCGAGGGAGUUUUCGCGGAUUUCGGCGUUUCGUCCAUGCAAUUGGACAUCGCCGAACGCGGCUUCUCUUUUCGGCUCGAGGGUCCGCUGGACAUGCGCAUGGGGUCCGGCGAUCGGACCGCAGAGGAGAUAGUCAAUACUUACUCGGAGGAAGCCUUGAGCACCAUUCUGCGGCAGUACGGCGAAGAGCGUCAGGCAAGGCGUGUUGCUCGUGCCAUCGUCAGGCGGCGCCUGGAAGAGCCCGAGCGGCCGAUCUCCAGUACCGCCGAGCUAGGUGACCUGAUCGCCCGCACCAAGUCUUCCAAGCCGGGCCGCGGUCGCCGUCGGCAUCCGGCCACCCAAACGUUCCAGGCACUGCGGAUCGAGGUCAACCGAGAGCUCGAGCAGGUCGAGGAGUUGCUCGAUCAGGCGACUUCGCUGCUCGCCACCGACGGUCGGCUGGUGCUGAUCUCCUACCACAGCCUCGAAGACCGGCUGGUCAAGAACAGCCUGCGCGAUCUGGCCACCGGCGAGAUCGAGCCGAUCACCGGCCGGACAAUCGCCGAGACCCAGGUGAUCGAGGUGUUGACCAAGAAGCCGGUUCGUCCCAGCGAGGAAGAGGUGGCGGCCAACCCGCGGGCGCGCUCGGCGCGGCUGCGCGCGGCGCGCCGCCUUUAG